AUGGGGGGUGUCGCGUCCAGCAACCUGCAUGUCGUCAUGCUCGGCCUGGACUCAGCCGGAAAGACGACAGUGCUGUACCGCCUCAAACUCAACGAGUUCGUCAACACGGUGCCCACCAUCGGCUUCAACGCUGAGAGGUUGCGGUUGCCCGUCGGCGGAAGCGGCGUCACGUUCCACGUGUGGGACGUCGGCGGCCAGGAGAAGCUACGGCCCCUCUGGAGGUCCUACAGCCGCGCCGCAGACGGCCUCGUCUACGUCGUCGACUCGGUGGAUGCCGAGCGACUGGAGGAGGCUCGGGCCGAGCUGCAUAAGGUGACGCGUCUGUCGGAGAAUCUCGGCGCCCCGCUUCUGGUCAUCGCCAACAAGCAGGACCUACCUCGCUCGCUGCCGGUGGAGGCCAUUGAGCGUGGACUAGCACUAGGCGAGCUGGCGCCCACCACAUGCUACCACGUGCAGCCCGCCUGCGCCAUUAUCGGCGAGGGGCUGCGCGAAGGCAUGGACAAACUCAUGCGCAUGAUUCACGACAGGCGCAAAAGUCUCGGUGUUGGCAAAAAGCCGCGGCAUAACGGCAGGUGA